GGAGAUUCAUCCUGUCCCAAUUUCUGGCGUUUCGUUUUUUUUUUUGUCUUAUGUCUCUUUACCUUUAUGAUUUUUUGCUGAUGGUGUAUUAUCAUCAGAGUAUUUUAUCAGAGGAGAGUUUAAGGAUUUCAUAUUGUCGAUAGCACCAGGUGCAACUUCAGUUUUAUUUUCGAUACCAAUUCUUCUUUAUCUUCCAAUAACACAUAUUGGGCUACCCUGUUGCUUUGGGUUUCUGAUCCUGGUAACUUCACCUUUAGCUAAGGCGAUGAUCUAUGGUUGGAUAGUAAAUAUAGGUGAGAAAUCCUGGCGAAAAAGAUGGUACCUCCAAGCUCUUACAUUCCUGCAGCUUUUGGAAGUAUGCAUCGAAGGAAUUCCGCAAUUCAUUUUCGAGUAUUACAUUUUCCUGACAGAGAGUCAAACAUUAUUCCAAAGUUUACAAAGCAUACAGAAGUGGUUCGCCCUUGUGUCCAUUUUAACCGUGUCACUCUCCAUCACAUCUGCUACAACAACUUUAGACAGAGAGGAGGAUUCAAGAUCAGUGUAUGAUGAGAAAUUUAAAAAGAGAAUUCAACAUGCUGAGAAAGAAUAUUACUGGAAGAACUAUAAGGAGAAAAAUAAAAAUCUAUGGUAUAUUUAUUUUGUCAUUGUGUAUAUUGGAAGGGCUUUUGAGUUUAUUCCAAGAUGUAUCAUUUACACAAAGUUUAUACAAGAAUUUGGCUUGAAGUCAUUUGGAUACUUCGCUGGUAUUUACAUUUUCAUAUUAUUAUUAUCUCCAGUGAAUUGUUUAAGAAAGAUAUAUUCAGAGUAUUCAAACGAUACUUGUAUUAAGCCACUCAUCAUUAUAAGUACUAUAGUUGGUGAAUUGCAAACUUUUUCUUUUGCUACGAAUGGUUAUUUCGAUUUCAAUGGACGAAAAAAGAGUUGUAUAUACGAUACUAUGCAUUAUUUUACAUUGUUAAUUUGGCUCUUUGUAUUGCUAAUACAACUUUUGCCGGUGGAUUGACGAUGUAUCUGAUCCUAUUUCCCACGACAGUUAUUCCUCAGAUUAUACUACUUCUACUCCGCGUACAUUUGAGGCAAAAAAUGAAAAGUAGCAUCAGCUGAAAACCUUUUUAACAUUUUGGACAAAUUAUUUGAACAAUUCUUCUUUUUCAAUUCGAAUUCAGAAAGCUUUUUUUUUAUCCUGAGCUCCGUGUAUCGACUGAAUUUGUAGUAACGCGAUUACC